UCCACUACGAACAAUAGAUAUACAUAGUAAUUUUUCGACUAUAUUUUUACAAUUGCUAGCAAAAGUGCAAAAAUGUUUGCUCAGAAAAAUGUGCUGCUUAUCUGUGUCAGUAUAUUUGCCUAUUGUGGGAUAACUGCUGCCGACAAUUACGUGGAUAAAUCUUUGACGGGAAAGCUUUCCGUGCAAGUUGGUGAUUCCAAACGGAAGUCUUCGCAAGAUAGAGAGACAUUUUUUGGCAGCCCCACAAUAUGGUUGAAUGCAACAGUGCCGGUUGCUUUUGCCGAGAAUUUAUCCGGCAACGAAACCAAUGCACUCCUCGACGUGCUCGGGAAGCUGGAGUCACAAACCUGUCUCCGAUUCCCAGUGAAGUCAAACGAAAAAAAUUACACCUUGUUCACCAAAGGGCCGGCAUGUGCUGCAAAUGUCGGGAUGCAAGGAAAGCGACAAUAUGUUUUCUUAUCAAAAGGCUGUUUCACGCCAGCUCGAGUAGCCCGACAACUAAUGCACGUUCUAGGCUUUCACAGUGAGCUGAAUCGCCCAGACCGGGACCAGUAUAUCGAGAUCAACUGGCAAAACAUUCGAACAGGGUUCGUGCGGAGCUUCUCGAAAUAUUUGCCGGAAGCAUUCCUCACACUGGAUUUUCCAUUUGAUUUUGAAUCUGUCAGCCACUUCGAUGGAAACAAAUUCGCCAACGAUCCUGAUACAUGGACCGUACGAUCCAAAAGUGAUCCCAACGAACAUUUAGGCAGCUCCAAUUCUUUUAGUGCAUCAGACAUGGCAAAGGUAAACAAAAUUUACUGCCAGUCGCAGCUGGACAAUUCAAUAUUUGGGCAUUCGGGAAUGAAAGCGGUCAGGUAAUUCCAUAUUGUUCCAUCUGUGCCGCUCUACUGGUCUGCAAUUUUUCUGGAUCGAUGUGGAAAUAAUCCGUAAUAUACUGUACGACAUCUUCUUUCUUCUGCAAAUCGCUGAAUCUGAUUCGCUCAGAU